AUGAUCAACCUCGCACGCUGCCUCGUGCCGUGCGAGGAGGACCACGUAGAGGAGGAGGCCGGGCGGCGCAACAUUGCGCGCGCGGUGGCGUUGCUGGAACGCGCGAUCCGCAUCGGAGUGGAGCACUCGGAAGCUGAGCUGUUGGCCAUCGGGAUCCGGCCGCUGACUCGUAAAGAGUACGAGGGGCAGGCGCGACUCAAGGUCGAGGAUGCACACGACGGGGAGGAAGACGAGGAGGAGGAGGAUGACGAGGACGAAUACGAUGAGGGCGAGAGGAUGACCGAGCGGCUGCGCGAGUCGGGGAUCACGAGCGGAGCGCACGUGGUGGCGAUGGUGAUGCUGGCGGAGAUUCUGGUGAUGAGCUCGGAGCCGCGCGAGUCGGAGAAGGCGACGCGUCUGCUGGAGCGGGCCGUGAGCGAGGUGGCGGUGCCGAACGCGCUGGAGAAGGUGACGGUGAACUUUGAGAUGCUGCGCGUGCUGGCGGAGGAGGGGCGGGACGACGCGGAGCGGUGCGCGCGCGUGGGGCGGCUGUGUCGGCUGAUGAUGGAGCGGAGCGGGCGGUGCGAGGGGGCGUGGGUGCUCGGCGAGAUGAUGCGGCACGGGCGCGGGGCGCGGCAGAGCGCGCGCGACGCGGUGCACUGGUUCGAGCGCGGCGUGAGCGGCGGCGAGGCGCGCGCCGCCGUCGCGCUGGCGGAGAUGCUCGUCGAGGGCGAGGGCGACGUGCCGGCCGAGCGCGGCCGCGCCGUGCUGCUCGCCGCGCAGGCCGUCGCGGGCGGCGGCCUUGUCGCGAAGCGUGCGGUCGUGGUGCUGGCGAGGGCGUGGAACGCGCGUAGGGGGAAAGGGUGA